UCCUCUGCGAUUGAGCUUAUAUAUAUUAUAGAUCUUUCACAGUUCACAAACACCUUCAGAGUUAAUUAGCAAGAAAAACACAAGAAGAAAAGCCUAAUGAAAACCAAACCCCAAUACAUCUCUUUUCUCUUGCUCUUUUUCCUCUCCUACUGUCACCUUCUCCACCUCUCAGAUGCCCAACCAGAAGCAAAUACUACAGGCUUCACCUGCACAACUAGCCAGUACAAGUAUCCAUGCCAAACCUAUGCUUUCUACCAAGCCAGAGCCCCAGACUUCCUUGACCUGGCCUCCAUAGGUGACCUCUUCUCAGUCAGCCGCCUCAAGAUAUCAGAACCCAGCAACAUAUCCUCCCCUUCCUCCGCUCUUGUUGCUGGCCAACCCCUCUUUGUUCCUAUUUCAUGCUCUUGUAACUCCAUUAUUAACACCACCACUAACUUCUCUUAUGCCAAUCUCUCAUAUAUAAUCAAACCAAAUGACACUUUCUACAUUGUUUCCACCUUUAAGUUUAUGAACCUCACAACCUACUAUUCUGUUGAGCUUGUCAACCCUACUCUAGUCCCUACCAACCUUUCUAUUGGUGUUACUGUCCUUUUUCCUAUCUUUUGCAAGUGUCCUAACACGACCCAGUUGCAAAACAAAGUCAAUUAUCUGAUAUCCUAUGUGUUCCAACCUUUUGAUAACUUAUCAUCAGUUGCUUCAAGGUUUAAUGUUUCACAACAAUCUAUAAUUGAUGUUAAUGGAAACAAUUUUCAGCCUUUCAAUACCAUAUUCAUUCCAGUCACUGAACUUCCAAAACUAUCACAGCCUGUUGUUGCUCCUUCUCCUCCUCCUGCUGUACCUCCUCCGCCUGUUGAAGUGAAUGAGCGUGAAGGGGUUGUCACAGGAUUGGCAAUUGGGUUGGCAAUCACAGGGUUUUUGCUGCUUUUGCUUAGUGGGUUGUGGGUUUAUAGAGAGUCUUCGUUGAAGAAGAGGAAGGGUGUGAAGGAUGAGGAGGAGAGGCAGAGGAAGCUGUUGGAUAAGGAAGGGAAAGGGUUGAAAGGAAUGGAGGUGAAUUUGAUGGCAGAUGUUUCAGAUUGCUUGGACAAGUACAGGGUGUUUAAGAUUGAAGAGUUGAUAGAAGCCACUGAUGGAUUCAGUGAGAGUUGCUUGGUUCAAGGGUCGGUGUACAAAGGGUAUAUUGAUGGGGAGGUCUAUGCCAUCAAGAAGAUGAAGUGGAAUGCCUAUGAGGAGCUCAAGAUCUUACAGAAGGUAAAUCAUGGCAAUUUGGUGAGGCUAGAGGGCUUCUGCAUAGACCCAGAAGAUGCAACUUGCUAUCUAAUCUAUGAGUUUGUCGAAAAUGGAUCUCUUGACUCGUGGCUGCAUGGAAACAAGGAUGAAAAAAUGAACUGGAAAACAAGGUUGCGGAUAGCCAUUGAUGUUGCAAAUGGUCUCCAAUACAUCCAUGAGCACACUAGGCCACGGGUUGUACACAAAGACAUCAAAAGUAGCAACAUUCUCUUAGAUAUGAACUUUAGAGCCAAAAUUGCAAAUUUUGGUCUAGCAAAAUCCGGAUGCAAUGCCAUAACAAUGCACAUUGUUGGAACUCAAGGUUAUAUUGCACCAGAGUAUUUAGCUGAUGGGGUGGUCUCAACUAAAAUGGAUGUAUUUUCUUUUGGAGUGGUUUUACUAGAACUUAUUUCUGGUAAGGAGGCCCUUGAUGAGGAAGGGAAUGUUUUGUGGGCAAAGACUAGUGGACUUUUGGAUGGGAAUGAGGAAAGGAAGGUGAAGAGAGUGAAGCAAUGGAUGGAUGAGGUUUUGGUUAGGGAGUCUUGCUCCAUGGACAGUUUGAUGAAUGUCAUGUCUAUUGCCAUUGCUUGUUUGCAUAGAGACCCAACAAAGAGGCCAAGUAUGGUGGAUGUUGUUUAUGCAUUGUGUAAGAGCGAUGAUUUUGGCUUUGAAAUCUCUGAUGAUGGAUUAUCAGCUCCACUAGUAGACGCAAGAUAAUGUAAAUUAUAGUUGUUUUAUUCAACUACUUGUGUUUGAGUAUGCUAGUUGACGUUAUAAGAAUAAGAUCGAUGAUGAUCCUGCAAAGUGAAAUCUUGUUAUUACUUGAAAUGUAUUAUUAUUAUUAUGUUAUUACUUCCUUCACAGUAAGAAAAGUGAGAAAGCCUCAUUACAGGAGGA